UGAUUUUAAGUCCUUUGGGUAUAUACCAAGGAGUGGGAUAACUGGGUCCAGUGGUGGUACCAGUCCAAGUUUUCUGAGGACUCUCAGUGCUUUUCAGAGUGGUUGCACCAAGAUCCUGGGAAACUUUGGAAAUGCACCCCCCAAAACUAAUCAAAGCUCCCAUGUGGCUUUGAGGCUGAAAGGGAAAUGGAUUGCAGCCUUAUAUCCGGAAGAAGAAAAUGAUUGGAGAUCGAAUGUUCACUGAUGACUUGCACAGCCUUACCCAACGGACCAGCUACCUCUAUAAACCCCUUAACCCACAUGAGCAGUAUCUUUAGAACAGAAAGCUGGGAACCGGGGAAGAGGCACAUCAGUCACCCUGGAGGGGAAAGAACUUUUCCCUAUGAGGAAAGGGCUUUGUAUGCUCUCUCUAAUAAAAUGAGGCUUCUUUGGAGUCUGCAAAAAAAAAAUACAGUUAACAUUCAUAUUUCUUCCUGUACCAGGCUCUGCACAAAGCACUGUCAGUUCUCAAUCUCAGGGAACUUGCGCAGCUGUGAGGCAUGAACCACUUGCCUUCUGACGCCGAGGAAACUCGGGUUCUGAGAGGACUGGACCAGAGUCACAUUGCUGGAGAACGUCAGGACUUGAACUCAGGUCUGAUGACGAUGCCCAGGUGGCACAAUGAUUUUGUUUUCGAGAGGGGAUCUUGCUCUGUGGCCCAGGCUGGACUUUGAACUCCUGAGCUCAAGGGACCCUCCCACCUCAGUCUCCUGAGUAACUGGGGCCGGUACAGGUGCAUUCCCCGGCUCCUGGCUCCAUGUGGUGUGUUUGUGUCUGUCUGUCUGUUUAGAGGAGGCAAAGUUUAUUUGGGGUUGCCGGUUUCAGAAGCCUCCAUCCGUUGGGGCCUGACUCCAUUCCUUGGGGCCUGAAGUGAGAUAGAACAUCAUGGUGGGAGUACGCGGUGGAGGAAAGCGGCUCAGGACCCGGCAAUCAGGAAGCAGAGAGAUAUACCACCCUCCAGGAAUUUCAAUGUGUUUGGCUAUCUGGAAGUUUCCAGAACCCUGACCUUUGGAUUUUUAUGGAGUCUUCAUUCAUCUAGACUUCAAAACCUCUGCUUUCUAGGGAAUACAGACUGAGCUAUGAGGAGAUUUUCUGAUUGUCUUUUGGCUUCCCUGUGCCAGUCUUCGGUUACUGUGGUUUCAUUUCCUCAACUGCUGCAUUUAUCUCUGUAUCUCCUGAGCCCGAGACCUGCUUUAUGAUGGCAUCCGACUCCAUGGCUUGGUCAUUGUCAGUCUUUGAUGAAAGGUGAGGCCCCUCUCAGCGUGCUGCAGAGCAGAGCUCUGACAUGGCAAACUGAAUCCCAAGCUUCUGUUGUGGUGACUUUGCCCACAGCUGCGUGCGUCCUUCUCAGGCAGUUCAGACUUCUCAUGGAGAUGCCCUUCUGCACCCUGGGUCAUCUGGGGAACAGCGAUUGCUCAUCCUCGCCUGCGAUUUGAGAGCGCCAAGUCUUUCAGGCCUGGAGGAAACACAAGCCCGGCUGGCCACUUGGCAUCGGAAUGCUCAGCUGGUCCCCUCCCGGGGCUCAUGUGACUGCAGCCCAGCUAUAAAUACCAGAGGGGCCUCUGCCCAAGACAGAAUUCGGGCUCCCGGAGGAGACGGCAGAGAGGAUCUGAGCAAGCGAGUGUUGGUGGCAAAGGUCUGCGAAGCAGGUGGUGGGGAAGGCGGCCUCGCUCCAGCGAUAUGGAUUAUAAAUCAAGCCUGAUCCAGGAUGGGAACCCCAUGGAGAACCUGGAGAAGCAGCUGAUCUGCCCCAUCUGCCUGGAGAUGUUUACCAAGCCGGUGGUGAUCCUGCCCUGCCAGCACAACCUCUGCCGGAAGUGCGCCAGUGACGUCUUCCAGGCUGCAAAUCCCUACUGGACCAACCGGAGCAGCUCGCUGUCCAUGUCUGGUGGCCGUUUCCGCUGCCCCUCCUGUCGCCACGAGGUGAUCAUGGAUCGUCACGGGGUGUACGGUCUGCAGAGGAACCUGCUGGUGGAGAACAUCAUCGACAUCUACAAGCAGGAGUGCUCCAGCCGGCCCCUGCAGAAGGGCAGCCACCCAAUGUGCAAAGAGCACGAAGAUGAGAAAAUCAACAUCUACUGCCUCACGUGCGAGGUGCCCACGUGUUCCAUGUGCAAGGUGUUCGGAGCCCACCAGGCCUGCGAGGUGGCCCCGCUGCAGAGUGUCUUCCAGGGACAGAAGACUGAACUGAGUAACUGCGUCUCCAUGCUGGUGGCGGGGAAUGACCGUGUGCAGACCAUCAUCACUCAGCUGGAGGACUCCUGUCGAGUGACCAAGGAGAACAGUCACCAGGUGAAGGAAGAGCUGAGUCAGAAGUUCGACACCCUGUACGCCAUCCUGGACGAGAAGAAGAGCGAGUUACUGCAGCGGAUCACGCGGGAGCAGGAGGAGAAGCUGGGCUUCAUCGAGGCCCUCAUCCAGCAGUACCGCGGGCAGCUCGACAAGUCCACCAAGCUGGUGGAGACAGCCAUCCAGUCCCUGGACGAGCCUGGCGGGGCCACGUUCCUCCUGAGUGCCAAGGAACUCAUCAGAAGCAUCGUGGACGCUUCCAAGGGCUGCCAGCUGGGCAAGAUAGAGCAGGGCUUUGAAAACAUGGACUACUUUACUUUGGACCUAGAACACAUAGUGGACACCCUCAGGGCCAUCGACUUUGGGACAGAUGAGGAUGAGGAAGAGUUCACUGAGGAAGAGGAAGAUCAGGGAGAGGAAGUGUCCACAGAAGGGAAGGAGGAAGGACACCAAUAAGGAGCUGGAUGAGAGACCCUCUGGAUGCAGAGAGACUGGGGAGGGGGGGCGGACCCACCUGCCUUGGUGACAGGCCCCGGGUGGGAGGGGUCGGGGCCCAGCUGCAAUCGGGAGGUAUGUCAUCUCUGCUCAGAGAGCAGGGACUAGAGUAGGACCCCAUCGCUGUGUCCAGCAGCCACUGAACCAGAAUGGGAAACGUGCUUGAAACAAUCACAAAGGAUACUUUUCUACGUUGGUGCAAAAUGAAAUAUUUUGUACAUUUUUAAAAUGUGAUUUUUUUUUUCUUUUUGUACAUACUUGUAUAUGUAUGCCAAUUUGGUGCUUUUUGUAAAGGAACUUUUGUAUAACGCUUGAUUGUCAGAAAGAGGGGGAGAAAGCCAGGCAGAUGGAGCCACCCCCUUCCUUCCUUCAUAGGGGAGGGGGGGCAGGGCAGCACUCAGGGGCCUAGGAAGGGGAAAUGUACUGUAUCUCAGGUCCCGUCCCCGCCAUGGUGGGGGUCUGAGUCCGUGUCCUGUGUUGUUUUAAUAAAUGCACAAGCUCUCUUCCUGUGAUUACAAACCA